AUGGCGGAAGUAGAAAUAACUAAACUCAGGCUGAGAAAGAGAACUGCUAAAGCCGGUUUAACUCGAAUAGAAACUUUUCUCAAUAGUUUGGGCGAAGAAGAGGUUGACGUUGAUAAAGUAAAGGUGAGGUUAGAUAAGUUAGACGAGUUAUGGAAGUCUAUAUCGACUGCUCACUUAGAAUUGGCGGUAAUGGAAGACAUUGCCGAGGAUCAAUUAGACGAGGAAUUAGAGGCCCUCGAAGACAGAUAUUUUAAUUUGAAAUCCAAAGGGGAAAAGAUAAUAAGAAAUCAACUUAAACCGGCUUCGGCUAUAAACGAGAACCUGAACCAAGCAAUCGCAGUAGACUCUAAUGAGAGACGACCGAACGAAAGUCAUAUCAGAUUACCCAAGAUAGAUUUGCCGAUUUUCUCGGGAUCCUACAAUGAUUGGCAUCCUUUUUUUGACACGUUCAACUCAUUGAUUCAUUCCAACAAGUCGUUGAAUGACAUACAGCGUUUUCAUUAUUUAAAGUCAUCGUUGAAAGGCGAGGCCGCAGAAACGGUGUCUUCGUUAGAAAUUUCCAGUGUCAAUUACGCCGAUACUUGGUCCAGGUUAAAAGAAGGAUAUGAUAACAAUAGACUCGCGGUGCAAAAUCAUAUACGGGCGAUUUUCGACUUGCCGAUUGCAAGAAAGGAGAACAGCGCGGUCAUUCGCACUGUGUUGGACGGAGUGCUAAAACAUACAAGGGCGUUGCAAGCUCUAAAGCGACCUACUAACCAGGGGGACGACUUGUUAAUACAUAUAGUCACUAGCAAACUAGAUUUGAUAUCCAUAAGAGAAUGGGAAAAUAGCCUCGAUCCAGCACAGGUGCCUACCUUCCAGGGUUUGACAGACUUUUUAGCGCGAAGAUGUCAGACGUUGGAGGCGGUUGCGGGGAGGAGUCAGGUCGGCCAAGCCAAUACAAACUUGCGUCCAGGCAACGCGCCAAAGAUCACAAGUUCUCAUGCCGCGGUGGCUAGUAACAAAUGUGCCCAUUGCAAGGGAGGCCACCAAAUUUAUCAAUGCCCACAAUUUCAAGGUUUGACCGUGCCGGAGCGGUUCAAACAAGUUAGAGUAAAGGGUCUCUGCCUAAAUUGUUUGAAGGGGGGACACUUGGCGAGAGAUUGCACAAGCAAGACGUGCAAGAAAUGCGAAAAAAGGCACAACACCUUAUUGCACGAGGAACGAAAGGACAAACCUGACAAAGGGGAGGAAACUAGCCAAUCCUAG